AUGACCCUGCUCGCUUCGUCGUGGUGCCCGCGGCCUAUGCCUUGGCGCUGGGCCUGGGGCUGCCAGCCAACGGGGCGGCCCUGGCAAUGUUCAUCCGCAGCGGCGGGCGCCUGGGCCAGGCCCUGCUUCUCUACCUGUUCAGCCUGGCCCUGGUCGAUGAGCUCUUCACGCUCACGCUGCAGCUGUGGCUCACCUACUACCUGGGCCUGGCCCGGAGGCCGCCUGCCACGCGGUCGGGGCCACCUACUACCUGUCCACCUAUGCGGCGGUGGUCUUCGCCGCGCUCAUCAGCGUGUGCCGCUGGGGCUUCGUACGCGGCCCAGGCCCAGGGCGGCUGCCCGCCUGGCCCUGUGCCACCGGCGCCCGGCACGCGCUGCCUGCGCCUUCGCCUGGCUGGCGGGCCUGGCCCCUCCCUGCCUGGAGCACCGCUGGGCAAGCUCGGGGCUGGCCUCCGCCACGGUGGCCUUCUUCGCGGCCGCCUUCCUGCUGGUGCUCGCGGCCUACGUGAGCCUGGUGCGGGCGCUCAAGGCGCCCUCGGGCCCGGGCCCUGCUACCGCGGGCGCGCACCGGCGCGCGGCCAAGACCAUGGUCCUGGGGUUCCUGCUGGUCUUCGCCCUCAGUCUGGCGCCCUACCACCUGCUGCUGGCGCCCUGGGUGGCCAGGCGGGACGAUGACGGAGACCGGUGUCGCGCCGCCUCCACGCUCGACAUCCUGCACACCCUCAGCCUGGCGCUGCUGAGCCUCAACAGCUGCCUGGACCCACUCAUCUGCUGCUGCUUCGUGCGCCGCUUCCACCAGGACUGCUGCUGGGCACUGGGCUGCCCCCGGUGAAGGGGGCGCCCAGGGUGCAUGGGGCCUCCUUGGCCUCCUCCUGGAGAGUCUCCUGGCCUCCCCUCCUGUCUCACCCCCCUGUCACCCUCCCAGUGGCAUCCAGGGUGGAGAAAGCUCUUUGGAAAGACCUAGAUUCUAAUCCUGACGUAACCACAUACUGCCCCUGUAGCUGUGAACCUCCGGGCUCAUCUGUACCAAGGACAUAGAACAUUCUUUGUAACCCGAAUGUUCCCUGGAUGUUGCCAGCUUUUAGAUACAAAUAAUAUGCCACUGUGUUUUUUUAAACCUCUUGGGAUAAAACCCAAAGUCCUUAUCAUGGCCUACAAGGCCCUGUCUGAUUUGGCUCCCCCUUCUCUCCAGACCUUAUCCCAUCACCCUUGCGUCUCCCUGCAGGCAGUCACCUUCUUCUCAGGCCCGGGAAAAUGCCAGUCUCCUACCCUUCACGGCCUUUGCACCUGACUUGGCCAGGAAUGAUCUCUGUUCCUCUCUUUCACUAAGUUAGUUCUUUUUCACCCUCACUUCCUCUAAAGUGACUCCUUAUAGGGAAGCCUUUCUUGGCUGGCAACACACACACACAUACACACAUGACUGAAUCAGAUCGGAUUGCUCUUUGAUAACUCUUUUCAAAAUUGUAAUCAAGCAAUUAAUUGGGUAAUGCGUUGUUGUUGUUUUCUUCCGCUCUUGCCAGAAUGCAUUCAUGUUGACCCAUAAGAAAUUAUCAUUUGUAUAAGUCCCCAAAAGUUGAAUAUUGGAAAUUUUAUUUCCACCCAAUUCAACUUAAUAAAUUCCGUGUUUACCUUGCUCA